GUUACGUUAUGCCUACUCCAGUCACACUGGCAGCUGGAGAGAGGGAAGACGUAAUGGUUUGAUUCCCUAUGCGCUGGCAAUGGUCGUCGCUGUGACAUUACUCGUCAAAUUCCUCUAACGGGGGGAGAGAAAUGAAGGCGGGGGCGUCGUCCAUGUGGGCGUCAUGCUGCGGGCUGCUGAACGAGGUGAUGGGCACGGGAACAGUGCGGACACCGCAGCCGGGCUUCGGAGCGGGGGCGGGGCCCUUCCGCUUUGCCCCCAGCGCAGGGUACUCCACCUACCCCCCCACCAGCUCAGGGAGCGCCGGGCAGCUCUGCAAGGCCUGCGGGCUGGCCUUCUCCGUCUUCAGACGCAAGCACAUCUGCUGUGACUGUAAGAAGAGCUUCUGCGCCCUUUGCUCGGUGCUGCAGGAAAACCUGCGCUGCUGCACGACCUGCCACCUGCUGCGCGGCACGGCCUUCCAGCGGCCGCGCCUCAUGCAGCUGCGGGUCAAAGACCUGCGGCAGUACCUGCUGCUGCGCAACAUCCCCACCGACACCUGCAGGGAGAAGGAGGACCUGGUCGACCUGGUGCUCUGCCACCAGGGGAUGCGGGAGACUCCAAGGCCCGUGAUGGAGGAGGAGGAGGAGGAGGAGGAGGAGGAGGACGAGGAGGACGAGGACGACGACACGUGCGGCGACGAGGAAGAGGAUGGGGGAGAAGACACAGACAGCCUCCACUCGCUCCCCCACUCGCGUGCGGCGUCGCCGCCCUCCGCAACGCGCUCCGCCUCCGAACAGUCGGUCCUGUCUGCCUCUCAGGGGGAAGCGCUCAGCCCGAGUGACAGUUCAGGGACCCCCAGCCAGGAGCACGAGGAGACCCCGACGGCUUCCCUUUUGAACCUGGAGCCUGCUGAAAACAUCUUAGAGGUCAGCCCAGCGACGCAGAGGAGGAUCAGGGCUUCGCUGUCUGAUCUCGACAACGAGGAGGCCAUAGAGAACCUCUCCGUCCGCCAGCUAAAAGAAAUCCUCGCCAGAAACUUUGUCAAUUAUUCCGGCUGCUGCGAGAAGUGGGAGCUGCUGGAUCGAGUUCAUCGGCUCUACAGGGAAAACGAGCAGAACAGGAAAUCCAUGGAAAACGUCAGCAUAACCGCAGUGGUUGCAUAUCCUCCACCUCUUUGCAACAGUGGAGUUGGAGAUGGUGUCCGAGCUCAGCUGGCGGCGGACGAAAACCUUUGUCGCAUCUGCAUGGACGCCAUCAUCGACUGCGUGCUGCUUGAGUGCGGCCACAUGGUGACCUGCACCAAAUGCGGAAAGAGGAUGAGCGAGUGCCCCAUCUGCAGGCAGUACGUGGUGCGGGCCGUGCAUGUAUUCAAGUCCUAAAACUGAAAUUGUUUUUUUUUUUUUUUCCCGUUGCGUCGGAGCGCGCGUGGCCCUGGAUUUAGCACGGAGGAGGAACCCGAUGCUGCAACAAUUGUGAAAGGAUUUUUGUUUUUUCCAGACUAGACUGUUGCCUCUGGCCUACAUUCCCCCCACCACCUUACUGACUGGUCCCACCCGUCCUCCGGCCGCGCCAGGUCUCCCGCUCUGCACAGCAGACACCGUCACGACUCUCUGCUUUAAAUCCUUACUUGUGGGAGGCAAGAGGAGGUGGUUCUGUGGACGCUUUGAGAGGGUCUGUGGCGAUAGAUUUGAGAUCCCAGGGUUUUAGAGUCGAUAAGGUUUACACUGUCAUGCCACAUGGCACUGUGUGAUCUCCCUCAGUGUUCAUUAGGAUGUGCAAUAUCAGAGAAAAAGACUUUGUGCGUGCGUGUUGUUAGGAAAAGAGACAUCCGCCACCGCAUCCAUCACACACAAGGGCGCGUGUAGGGUGCCAAACGACAUGCCUUCACAGGAUGUUUGGGUUAAGAUCUCACAGUAUGCAUCUCAUAACCAGCAAGCUUGGUUUUAAUAGUUUACUUUUAUUUAUUUAUUUAUUUUUUCCAGAUCAACAAAGUGUGGACACGUUUUCCUGGUAAUUCAUUCCAACAAAAAAAUUAAUAAAUCUGAAGUCAAACCCAACUUUACCUGGACCACGUCUCAGAAAAUGUUUCUAUUAGCAAGCUUGCAACAAUUUGAAAGCUCUGCGUAGUUUAUGGUUGUUCCUUUGGGAAAUACAGGAGAGACUUACCCUCUGGCUUUUGAUCAUGCUGUCAUCUACGGUGCCUUGCAAAAAUAUUCAUAUCCUUGAACCUUUUUUCUAGGCCCCGACAAUAACCACAAAACUCAUUGUAUUUCGAUGGGAUUUUGUGUGAUUGGCCAACAUCAAAGUAAGCACGUCAGUGGAAAAGUGGAAAGAAAAUGAUUUCAAUUGUCUUGUCCAUUUCCUGAAGAGCCUGCAGUAAAAAAUAUCAGAUUUUAAGGAAGAAUAUUCCUGGUCAAAUGAGACCAAAAAUAAGACAUCUUUGGGAGGAGGCUUAAAGUCGGCAGGGUAAGGGAAGAUGGACGGAGCUAAAUAGAGGAAAUACUGGGAUAAAAGCUACUAGAAGCUGCAAAGAAAUCAAGCAGAACAACAACAACAACAACCCUGAACCUUCAGAUCAAAACCUUCUGUUUGGACCUGAACGUUCAAAACAGUUCAGAUCAAAGACUUAAAUCAAAGACUUGAAAAUUAAUGUGGAAAAAAAAAGGAAUGGGCAAAUAUUUUAGUUGCUACUACUUUGUGCUGGUCUGUCACAAAAAAAUCUGUUUGUGGUUGCAACGUAAUAAAAUGUGAAAAAGUUCUAGGGCAUGAAAACUUUUGCAAAUCAUCUUAAAACCUUCACCGUCUUCUUCCGCUAACCGUGCUUCUUUAUGGUUCCAUCCUAGCUAAUCAGGUGCUAUUUCCUCAUUUAUCACUGUUAGAUCAUCAACAUGAUUUUUUUCCUUUUGUCUCGUGGUCCUACGUUUUACAACACAGAGGUAGCUGUAUUUACUUUAACCUGUUAUGCAAAUGAAACACUUUCAUGUGGAAAGAGGCAGUUAAAUCUGUUUCGAAGUACUUUGCAGCAAACUGAAUAGAUCUCAUCGUUAGCUUCUGUUGUUCAUCGAUAAGUUACGGAUGUUUUCUUGUAAGAAAUAUGAUUUAAAAAAAAAAAAGAAAGAAAAGAAAAACUCCACUGAGGAGAGAGGGUUGAGAAUUUUCCAGAAUGUAUUCUCACUGCGUCACCGUCUCUCUCUCUCUCUCUCUCUUUGUUUGGCGCGUUUCUGUCACCAAACAACUGAAUCUGUUGAACACCAUUUCCACUGUAACUCUGUAGGUCCUGUUGUUGAAGCUGCUGUUUGUCGAAGAUGUCAUUCACGGGCAGCUACGGUGAUAUCAGACUGGGAGAGCACUCAUAUUCACAGAUAUUUAUAUUCUGAAUGUUGAACCUUUUUAUUUUGGUUAACAGGAGAU